AUGAUACUUCAGCUGGUGUCAAUACUAAUAGUGUGUUUGGCUGCCUUCGUCUACAUAAAAUGGAAGAGAGUAAAAAACUACUGGGCGAUACGUAACGUCCCACAUCUACCACCUAACCCUAUACUUGGAAGUCUUACAUUCUUAAUGAAAGAAAAUCCAGGCAAAUGGAUUCGUCGAAUGAGAGAUCAUUUUCAAUGCCCCUAUAUAGGAAUAUGGCUAUUCUGGAGGCCAGGUCUGCUGAUAAAUUCUCCAGAAAUAGCUAAAAAUAUUUUGGUCAGGGAUUUCUCAAAUUUCCGAGAUCGAUUUUUAAGUUCCGGCGAAACAGAUCCAAUUGGGCAUCUAAAUGUAUUCACUGUUAAUGAUCCUAUAUGGACUUCCAUUAGAAGAAACUUAACUGUUGUGUUUACUGCCGCCAAGCUUAGGUGUCUCCAAGGAUAUAUUCACCUAAAAUCACAGCAGAUAGUUCAAAGGAUUGCGAACGAGGCGUACGAAAUAAACGAUUUAAAGGGGAUGUACACAGAUUAUACAACUGAUGUUAUUGGCACUUCGGCUUUUGGAGUAGAGAGCAAUGCCACGUUGACUAGCAAGGGGGCACUCAGAGAUGUGACUAAGGAGUUCUCGACAUUUAGACUACAUAGGAGUCUCUCGUGGUUUAGCAUCUUCUUUUUUCCGGAAUUGGUGACCUUCUUCAGGUUUAAAUUUUUCCCACAAUCAUCUGAACAAUACUUCAAGAAGAUAUUUCAUACUAUCGUCACCCAGAGAGAAGCCGCCCCAGAAGAUAGAAGCUAUCAGGACUUGCUUGAUCUUCUGCUAAAAAUUAAGAAAGAUAGUAAAUUAACCGGAGAAGAGUAUUCUGAUGACUUGAUCCUCGCUCAAGCAGCUAUUUUUCUACUCGGUGGGUACGAAACGACUGGUACAACUUUAACAUAUGCUACUUAUGAGAUCGCACAUCAACCGGAAACACAGGAGAAAGUAUACCAAGAACUCUUGGAAGCUAAAGAACAAAACGGCGGUGAAGAAUUCGAAUCUCAAACACUCGCGGAGCUACCGUUCCUCAACUGCGUUCUGAAAGAGACUCUCCGUAAGUACCCUAUAAUGGGAUGGUUGGAUCGCAUAGCGGCUUCCGACUACCGCAUAGAUGACUCCCUCACCAUCCCGGCCGGCACGGUCGUGUACGUCAACGCUACCGGCAUGCACUACGACCCCAAGUAUUUCCCCGACCCAGAUAUAUUUAAUCCAGAUAGAUUUUUACCUGAAAACGAAAAAGAUAUUGAACCCUACUCAUAUUUGCCAUUCGGGGAAGGACCCAGGUUUUGUAUAGGAAAACGUUUUGGAUUAAUGGCUGCAAGAUUUGCAUUGGCUUCAGUUAUCUUAAACUACAAAAUACACAAAGUUCCAAACACUCCCAAGCCUAAUGACAUUAAGAUAGACACCUGGGGACUGUUUUACUUGCCCGGGGAGCCGAUGCGUGUGGAGUUCGAGCCGAGGCAAACC